AUGGUAAAUAUGGCAGCCCCUAGUAACGCGGAAAACAGAACUUCAGACUGCACUAACUUAGAAACUGCCACAGUGUUGUCUUCACGUUGUAGCGAUGUUCAUAUAUGUAUUUGUUUGCUUUGUGGUUUACCAGGAAGUGGCAAAACAUCUCUGCUUAGAACCCUGCUUUAUCCCAGUAAAGACACUUCUGAAGAAAUGCAGCAGCGGCUUGCACAAUUUAUGAUUGUUGGAAUUGAGUACGAUGCUAUAGUCCCCUGGCGAACCGUGGACAGCAGAUACGCAUUAGAUAAAGAAGAUAAGGGGAAUGGAAAAUGGAAGCAUGACAGGGGCCAAGUAGUGACAGCUACUGAAGUCCUUUUACAGCAUAUUUGUCAUAAUGGCUUAUCAGAAAUAUCACUUCAAACAAAACCCGAGGGGCUGUUGGUAGACGUUUGGCAGCAAUUUUUACAAGUCCUGGAAUUAUUUAACGCAGAGAGACAGAACAUUAGAAAUCAGAUUGUUCUAAUAGUGGAUGAUAAUAUGUACUUUCGAAGUAUGAGGUAUGAAUAUUACAAGCUGGCAAGAAAAUAUGGAACAGGAUUCUGCCAGAUUUAUCUGCAAUGUUCUUGUGAGAAAGCAGCGGAAAGGAAUAAAAACAGACAAGGAAUUAACCAAGUUUCAGAUGAGGUGAUACUGAAAAUGUCAGAGAAACUUGAACCCCCUGAUCAAGAGAAACACUACUGGGAGUCAAACAGUAUAACCAUCAGGGCUGAAGACAGUAUAGAUAUUGACCGGAUACUCACCAUGAUACAGUCAGCUAUCCUGAACCCUGUCCAUUGUCUAGAAAAAGCUGAUACUGAGGAAAUAAAAAAGAGCCGUAUUGAAUGUUCCACGAGCUUACUGCACCAGGCUGACCUUAUUCUUAGAAAAUGUGUGGCUACAAAAAUGGCUGAGUUUAAAUCUUGCAUGAAACCUGAACAGUUAAAAGAAAGAAGUCAGCAUGUCCUGAAAGCUAAGGAACAAAUUCUGUGUAAAUUAAAAGAAGGAAGAAUACCUAUUUUACUCUCAGAAGAAUUGGAUAUCACAAAUGCUUCGCAGAAUCCAGACAAUGAAUUGUUCACAUUUAUUGAAAAUGUAUUUCUUGAGGAAUUAUCACAAUCCUGA